GGAGGCGGCUGCUCUCUCGGUCUUUGAGCGGAUCCGGGGCUGAGCUUCCUGGGUCAGACGCUGCCGCCGCCUCCAUUGUGAGCUGGGAGCCCGGGCCUGAGCCGCUGCUGCUCCCCAGCGGGGUGUGUGCGGGAGAGCCCUUCCCUAGCGCCCCUCGGGGCCCAGCCGGGGGGACUUUCUCCGGGGGCUGGAAGCAGCCCCUGGGCAGCCCCGGGCUCUGCCGACACCAGCCCCUGAGCCGGAGCCUGCAGGCUGAAGAACCACAUCCGGUCCAUUCCAGACUGCACUACCCUCCUGGGGCAUGGGGCAGGGACAUGGCUGGAGCAAAGCUGGCUCAGGAGCCGGUGACCUUCGAGGAGGUGGCUGUGUAUUUCACCAAGGAGCAGUGGGCUCUGCUGGUCCCAGGUCAGAGAGCCCUCUACAAGGACGUCAUGCAGGAGAAUUAUGAGACUGUGGCCUCACUGGGGUUUCCCGUUCCCAAACCCCGCGUGAUCUCCCAGCUGGAAGGAGGGGAGGAGCCGUGGGUCCCAGAUCCCCAGGGCUCUGAGGACAGAGAGGUCCCAAGACGCAGCCACAAAGCUGCCGAGGGGAUGGCGAGGGGGGAGGAGGAGGAGAGGCCGCAACAGGACACCCCUGCGCAGCUGCAGGUGCAGAGCCCUGGUCAGGGAGCAGCCUGUGUGACUGAGGGCAGUUCAGGAAGGCAGCAGAGAAACUCGCCCUCAGAGUCGGAGUGUGAGCCAGGCUCUGGGCUGCACCCCACCAGGGGCCCAUCCCCUCCCUGUGGCGGAGCUGUGGAGAGUCAGGGCCAGGCCAGGGAUCGGCCCAAUGUGUGCAGCGAGUGCGGGAAAGGCUUCCGGCGCGGCUCAGACCUCAGCAAGCACCGCCGGUCCCACGGCGAGCGUCCCCACCAGUGCCCCGAGUGCGGGAAAGGCUUCCCCGUCCGCUCAGCCCUGGCCACCCACCGGCGCAUCCACACAGGGGAGCGCCCCUAUGCCUGUGACGCAUGUGGGAAGCGCUUUGGCCAGAGCUCCCACCUGAUGCAGCACCUGCGCUCCCACACAGGGGAGAAGCCCCAUCGGUGCCCCGAGUGUGGGAAGAGCUUCCGGGAGGGCUCCACGCUGGCCCGGCACCGCCGCACCCACCGCCAGGAGAAGCCCCACACCUGCCCCCACUGCGGGAAGGGUUUCCACGAGCGGUCCAACUUUGCCCGGCACCAGCGCACCCAUGCCGGAGAGCUACUCUCUGCCCCAGAGGAGGAGGGGAAGUCCUUCAUCUGCCCCGAGUGCGGGAAGGGCUUUGGCCGCAACGCCUACCUGACCCUGCACCGGCGCGUGCACACAGGGGAGAGGCCCUACGCCUGCACCGACUGCGGGAAGAGCUUCAGCGCCAGCUCCAACCUGACCCGGCACCAGCGCAUCCACACAGGCGAGAGGCCCUACCCCUGUGCCCGCUGCGGGAAACGCUUCUCCCAGAGCUCCACCCUCUUUGUGCACCUGCGCACCCACACCGGGGAGGCACCCUACCGCUGCGCUGCCUGCGGGAGGGGCUUCAGCCAGAACUCCACCCUCCUGGCACACCAACGCACCCAUAGGGGUGAGAAACCCUGCCGCCAGCCCCCAGGAUCCUGUGCCAGGAACGGGCCCUACCUGGGCAAGUGCUGUGCCAGUGACCCGCUGCUCCAGAGGCACCAGAAGGCACACCUGUGAUGGGGGACCUGUCCCCACACAGAGGCAUGGUAGAGCGCAGCUCUGAGGAAUAGCCCAGGGUCAGGGCCCUGCCUGGGGAUAGGAGACCCAAACUCAGUUUCUUGCUCUUCCAUAAAUCACUUAGGCCCAGAUUGUCAAAGGUAUUUAGGCUCCUGACUCUUAUUGAUUUAAAUGGACUUUAAGGUCAGAUUUUAAAGGUAUUUGGGUGCUUAAAGAUGCCUAAAAAUUCAGUUCCAAAAGGGAACCAAACAAAGUAGAAAUUUCCCAUGCAACAAAAUUCCAUCAUGUUCUGGCUGUGACUUUGUAUGUUUUUAUUUAUUUAUAUAUAAUACACACACACACACACACACACACACACACACACACUCUUAUAUAACUUAGAAAAUUUUUUCACUUCAAGGUCCAAGGUUUUCAUCUAAAGGCCAAAAGACCAAAAACAUCAAGACACUUGAUCACGGCCUUGGAUAGGCCAAGAGACUACUUACACUUGAUCUUAUACCAAACACACACACACACACACGUAUACUAUAUGUAUUAUGCAAUAUAUAUAUUUUUAAUUGAAACAAACAAUCAUAUUAAAAGGAAAAUCAAAAUGGUCCCUCCCCAAAAGGUAGAAAUAGAACCUUUCUGCCUUCUAGGCAUGUUUCCAUCUCAUUUUAUUUUUCCUCAAUGAAAUUUCAUCAGAACUAAUCCAUUUCUCCUAUUUUGACAGAAUGCCCCUUCCAACAGAGAACCAUUCCCUCCAAAUGUUUUUGGCUAGCUCUAGUGCUUAACCUCCUCCAGUGCUUUCGAAAAAUCCCUCCAGGUGCCUGUCUGCAGCUUUAGGCACCUAGAUACCUUUGUAAACCUGGGCCUUCGUGUGUGUGGGUCUCAGUCCCCCAUCUGUAAAAUGGGGUUAUAGCUCUGCCCUGCCUGACGGAGGUAUGCAAGGAGAAAUGCACUGAAGGUUGUGAGGUGCCCAGAUGCUACAGUGAUGGAAGCUCUCUUAGCAUCAUAGAUAGGUAGCAUGGGGUUAGCGAACUGCCAUUGAAUUUCCCUGGGACUUGGGUGCCCAAGUCUUUGGGGGCCUAAGUCCUUUAGGUUGUCGUAAAUAUAAAGGGAAGGGUAACCACCUUUCUGUAUACAGUGCUAUAAAAUCCCUCCUGGCCAGAGGCAACAUCCUGUUACCUGUAAAGGGUUAAGAAGCUCAGCUAACCUGGCUGGCACCUGACCCAAAGGACCAAUAAGGGAACAUGAUACUUUCAAAUCUUGGAGGAGGGAUAGUUCAGUGGUUUGAGCAUUGGCUUGCUAAACCCAGGGUUUUGAGUUCAAUCCUUGAGGGGGCCAUUUAGGGUUCUGGGGCAAAAAUUGGGGAUUGGUCCUGCUUUGACUAGGGGGUUGGAGAAGAUGGAUUUCUGUCUGGUCUCUCUCAGUCCCAAGAGAGAACAAACACGUAAACAAAGAGCACAAACAAAAGCCUUUCCCCUGUGAGAGACAGCGAGACCCCGAAAAAGAGCUGCACGAGCUGCAGCAGCAGCAUGAACGGGCUGGUGGAGAGAUUUUAUGGGACCCUGAGGAUGAUACUGAGGACUUUUAUGAAUCAGCAUCUGCAGGACUGGGACAAGUACCUGCUGUGACCAAGUGGGACUGUUCUUAAUGUUUCCUCUGAAUACUAUAGGGGUGCCUCAGUUUCCCCUAUGCAUUUCUUAAGUCUCUAGGUGGUAGGAUAAGGGAGUGUAAUUGUUGCAGAGCAAAGGGCCAGGGUACAUAAAUGGCCGACAGUCUGUCUCCUGGCAACUGAUGGCCUGGGCCCUUCCCCCCUGCAAGGUGAGAGCUAAAGGGUUGGAGAACAAAGAAUCAGGUGACCUCCUGACCUGGGAAAGGGACAAAGCCCAGAGGAGGCGGGACUGGAGGGUGAGUCAGUUUGGGGCCGACUGGGGACGUGGAGUGAAGUGCAGACGAGGUUGUCUGGCUCACUGCCCCCCAAAAUGGACCCGGCUGAGGGGUCCUAUUCUAUGUACCUACAAGCUCUGUUUUAGACCAUGUUCCUGUCAUCUAAUAAACCUCUGUUUUACUGGCUGGCUAAGAGUCACGUCUGACUUGGAGUGCAGGACCCUCUGGCUUCCCCAGGACCCCGCCUGCGUGGACUCGCUGUGUGAAGCUCACGGAGGAGCAGAGGAUGCUGAAUGCUCUGAGGUCAGGCCUAAGAAGGUGGAAGCUGUGUGAGCUUUUUGCCCUGCAGACAGGCUGCUCACAGAGAGGAGACCUCACCCCAGUCCUGACUGGCUUUGUAGGGAGUAGUUCCAGAGCAUCGCCCAGAGACUCUGACAGCUGGUGUCAGGGGUGGGAUGUACUGCACCCCGUGGAUGGCAUUUCCUGCAGUAAGUGACUGGGGAGCAGUAAAAGGAAGGGGGGCUAAUGAGGACCAGGCGUGCUGAAGGCUCAGAGAGGAGCGGUUUCAGGGGCGGAGGAGCUACGCUUAACCCCUGGGAGGGUGUGACCAGCGAGAAGGACUGUGCAGUAAUGGGGUCCUCCUGGGGACUGCAGUGAGCAGUCUCGGGGCGGAGGAGCCUGCGGUUUGGCCCUGGCAAGGAGGUGGUGACCUUGAGAAGGCUGGCACACUAGGGGUUCUCCCUAGAAACCAUGGGGGAGCUAAGAGCACACAGGCCUGUGAGUCCACAACAACUUGGGAACAGCGAAGUGAUGGCCUAUCACCAUCUCCUUAAGAAGGACACUGUAAUCCUAUGCAAAAAGAGAGGGUUCCGCAUUCAAAAGUUCACCAAAGCACAGUUAAUCGUGCAGCUGGAGGAUGAUGACCACUCUAAGGAACAGAUUCCUGACCCAAAUGGAGCUAUAGCAGGAUCUGGGAGCAGCUGGAGUGGUAGCCAGGCAUUCCCAAGACUCCUGUCCCCAACCAGAUGAGGGUCUUCACGAUUGGGUUCCUCAUCAGGGGAUCAGAGACAGACGGAUUGGAGCUGAGUCCCAAGAGAGAACCAACAGGUAAACAAAGAGCACAAACAAAAGCCUUUUCCCCCCUCCAAGAUUUGAAAGUAUCAUGUUCCCUUAUUGGUCCUUUGGGUCAGGUGCCAGCCAGGUUAGCUGAGCUUCUUAACCCUUUACAGGUAACAGAAUGUUGCCUCUGGCCAGGAGGGAUUUUAUAGCACUGUAUACAGAAAGGUGGUUACCCUUCCCUUUAUAUUUAUGACAAGGUUCCUUUGAAAAUCUUAGCCCACACAGCUUAGGAGGAUAAGGGGAUUGGUGUGUGUGUGUGUGGUGUAGGGAGAGGAACAGUCAGAGGAGGGAGGGAGCUGGUAUUUGAGUGGGGGAGGGAGUGGCUGCCUUAGGAAGUAGGGGUUCUGGUGAAAGAGGUGGGCACUGCAUGAAUGGAUUGUUUUUCUGGGGUUGCGAGGAAUUGGGAGCCAAAGUGAAAUUUUAUUUUUCUUAAAGCCCCAAACUAUCCAAAGUGAUGAAGGCCUCUGGGGCGGCAGGAGGGGAGAUAACAAGCUAGCUGUGCCAUCUAGUGUAUUGUCCCCUCCUGCCACACACACGCAUUCUGGGCAAUUCCUGUGUUUUGGAGCUCUCCAUAGUGAUGGACAAAAAUCCUGUAGCUCCCUCUCCAUGCAGCUGGUCACAAAACAGGAAACAGCAUUCACAAAUGUGUUUCAAGGGAUGUUUCCUGUUCUUUCACCCGUAUGCAGUCCAAACCAAGGGCAAAGCCCCACUUCAGUCCCAUUUGUGCUCUAUUUUGAGGGAUUAAGGGGGAUUUAAUACCCUCUAACCCAGGGGUAGUCAGUUAUUUUUUCUCAAGAUCCAAAUUUCUUGGUCAAGUAUAAUCAAGGUCCAGACUCCAGAGAACAUAAUUUUAAAAAUCCCAACAAUAAUGAUAAUAAGUAAAUAACAUUUUGGGGCCUAUUCAAAAGUGUCUGGUGGUCCGGAUUUGGCCCAUGGUCCACCUAUUGACUACUCCUGCUCUUAGCUAUCAAUCUAUCUAUCUAAUCACAUUAAAGUUGGUCCCAUGGAAAAUUAUCAUGAAAAUGAGGGGGGAAAUGUUUUUGUUGAAAUUUUUCACAGAAAAUUUCAACUUUUAAAUGCAAAAUGGAAAUAUUUCAAUUCUGAAAGGAUACCAUGGUGCCUCAUGGGAGAUGUAGUUUGUGUGCUUCUUGCUCCCAUUCUCCUUUAUGGCCAGGCUCCUUAGUUGGCCCUCAUCUCCCAUGGUGCCUUGCUGAGGGAAGGUGGUGAAUCAUGGAAGUCCCAUGGCCACGAUACAUCAUGGGAGAUGAAAUCCAGCUGGGGAACCCAGCCCAUCGAGUAGAAUGGGGAUAUGAAACAACUGAACUACAAUUCUCAUGAAGCAACCUUGGCAGAAUUUCCAAAUGGAAACAUUUCAUUUUGAGGGAGUUCAGGGUUUUGCGUUUUGUUUUGUCUUUUAGAUGAAAAACUGAUAUUUUCCUCAGAAAUCAUAUAUUUUCUUUUUCAUGAAAAAUGUGUUAGUCAAAAUUCAAAUUUCCAUCAGUAAAAAGUUUAGACAGCAUAUGUUUUGGCCAGUCAUAAUCACCAUGCAUAUCCCUCUAUCAGUCUAGCUGUACUUCAUAUAUGUGUUUGGUAAUAUAUAUGUGGAGAAAACUUCCAGUCAUUUCCUUAUCUGUAGUCUGUCUCUUUCUCUGUUUUGUCUUGUUUAAAUUGUAAACUCUUUGGCACAGAGACCAUGUCUUUCUAUGUGUUUAUGUAGCGCUCGGUGCAAUGGGGCCCCAAUCAGAACUGGGCCUGUUCAUUGCUACUGUAGUACAAUUAAUAAAUGUUAAUUACUUCUGUUAAAA